CGGUGAAUGGAGCAGUCAGGCCACACACAUUUAUUGAUUGUUUGCCAUCUUAUUUGGACAUGAUUUCUGGUGCCCCAAAGUAAAUUACAAUAGUCACAUCAAAGAUCACUGAUCAGAGAUCAGCAUAGCAGAUCUGAUAAUAAUAAAAGUUGGAACUAUUGUAAGAAUUACCAAAAUGUGAAACUGAGACACAAAGUGAGCACAUGCUGUUGGAAAAAUGGCACUGCUAGACUUGCUCGACAUGCAAUUGCCACAAACCUUCAAUUUGUAAAAACACAAAAUCUGUGAAGUGCAAUGAAGCAAAGAGCAAUAAAAUGAAGUAUGCCUGUAAUGGAUGGACUCGGCCGAAUGUUAUGGAAAGAUCCUCAUGAAACCAGGGAUUUGAGGUUUCCACUAGUCUGUACUACUGGUUUCCUCCCCUAAAGCACAGGCCAUCCCUGAACUAAUGGCAUUGGCAGCACCAUGAUGGCAUCACAACCCAUGCCCAGUGAGACUAUUCUGGUCCUCACAUCAGAUGGCAUCAAGUUCCCCCAAAUAGAGAAACCUAAACCCAUUGACCAGAGACAGGAUAGCCUGAAGAAAUAUCUAAAGGCAGAGGUCAAAGUUCUUGGGACUCUCCAGAUCCUGUGUGGAGUGAUGGUGUUGAGCGUGGGGCUAAUUUUGGUAUCUGCUCCCUUUUCUCGAAAUUUCACCCCAGUGUUUUCCAUCCUGUUGAAGGCUGUUUACCCAUUUGUAGGAGUUCUGUGUUUCAUCAUCUCUGGAUCUCUAUCAAUCAUCACAGAGAAAAAGUCAACUAAAUCUUUGGUUCGGGCCAGCCUGGUCGCAAACAUUCUGAGUUCUUUAUCUGCUCUAGAGGGACUCAUUCUCCUCUCUGUCAACCUGCCUGCCCUGGGACCUGCCUCACAACAGUGUUACUUGGAACAAAAGGAUGCACCAAACCCAUAUCAUUUUUUUUACCCUAAUGCUGCCUACGAGUGCUACUUGGCCAAUGUCACUCUGACUGGACUGCUGUCUGUGAUGCUGAUUUUUACUGUGCUGGAGUUCUUCCUGGCUGGGCUAGCUAUUGUGCUUUGGUGGAAACAGUCUCACUCUGACUUCCCCGGGAGAGUGCUUUUCCUGCCUUGGAGCUGCAAGAAUGACUGCAGCAUGCUGUCAGAAGCACGUGGAGAACCUGGAUAUGAAGAACUGUUGACUUCCUAGAAAGAAAUGAGAAAAGAUUCAUCAAGAAAAUUCAUCUUUAUGAUAACAUGUGAAACCCAACCAUUACAAGAAAGCAAGUUUGAGUUCUCUAUUGAAUUUCUGAAAUGUAGGCUUUUUAUGAAAUGAAAACUAAAACAAGCAAACAAACAAACAAAAAAACCCACAUUUUUUUCUUGGCGUUGAAUAUAUGGGGUCUCUUGGUUUGCCAAAAUUGGCUUCCGCAAAAGCCCCAAAUUGAAAAUUACAAUUUACUAGACGGGCCAGAUAGUCAUAGACCAUUCCCAAGAAACUAGGCUGAAUGUUGAUUCCAUGGAUCAUAAUAAGCAAAGGAGAAACUUUUUCUUUUACUGCUUAAUCUCUAACAGGAGUUAACCGUCUUAGGGUGGUGUUCAGACUCUUAUGGUAGGGACAAAUGUUUCAUCACAUAUAUUUUAAUCAUUUAGUGCAGUGUUUGUGGGCAAGUGCCCUAGGAUUAAAUCUCAGGGACAAUAAAACUAAUUUAUUUCAGAAUAAAAUCUCUAUUUGAUUACAUAUGAUUUGUAAACGCAUUUUGCUACUUUUCCUUUAAAUACAGAGUAAGUCAACAGUCACAACUUCAACAAAACAAAUAAGCAGGCAAAAGCUAAUCAGUGUGCAAAUACCUGUUUGAGUCCAUGCUUUCAAUUCUUUUGGUUAUAUACCUAAAAGUGGAAUUGCUGGGUCAAAUGGAAAUUUCUGUACUUAGCUUUUCUGAGGGACCACCAAAAUGUCUUCCACAGCGGCUACACCAUUUUGCAUUACCACCAGCGAGGAAUAAGUGUUAUUUCUCUACAUCCUCUCCAACAUUUAUAAUUUUCUGUUUUUAAAUAGUAGCCGUUGUAGUAGUUGUGAACUGGUAUCUCUUUGUGGCUUUGAUUUGAACUUCCCUAAUAGCUAAUGAUAUUGCGCAUCUUUUCAUAUGCUUUUUGACCAUUUAUAUAUCCUGUUUGGAGAAAUGUCUAUUCAAGUCUUUUGCCCAUUUUUAAAUUGGA